CAUUGCUCGGAUAUCAUUGCGCGACUUCACAAUCAAAUCACGACAACACGAUUUACGUAAUCUUAAACUUGCAGUGAAAAUGGGAAGAACACUACCCACACCAGUGUCCUGUAAAGUAUGUGGUGAUCGAUCGUAUGGAAAGCACUACGGUGUUUAUUGCUGCGAUGGUUGCUCGUGUUUCUUCAAGAGAUCUGUGCGUCGCGGUGCACUGUUCACUUGCACAAAUAGUGAUGGAUCGUGCAUCGUUGACAAAGCCAGACGAAAUUGGUGCCCACAUUGCCGUCUAAAAAAGUGUUUUUCUGUUGGCAUGAAUACAGCAGGUAAAAUAAAAUAUUUGAACAAAAGUACGCUAUUAAGAAUUGAAUUCUACAUUGCAGGCACGGCCAUACAGUACGAGGUAUCCGCGCAAAUAUUCCUGGCUGCUAUUCGGGGCGCGCGCCGCCACCGAGACUUUUCAUUACUGAAUGUGGAGGAGCAGAACAAGAUUCUUCGUCGCGGAUGGUCAGCUCUUUUUGUUUUGCGCGCAGCCACGUGGCCGGUUGAUUUGAUGAACUUACGAGGACAAGUUGCAACAAGUAACAACAGUGCUUCAGCCUGCAUAAUCGCAACGCGCAACGCGAUUGCAAAACUGCAACUCGACGACGUUGAAUUGUGCAUUUUAGACACGUUUGCGCUCUGUCGUCCCGAGAUCACCGAUACUGCCAAUAGUUUCCACGUAAUGUCGCAGGCGAGAAAUAACGCCGUGGAAACUCUAAUACAACAUCUUCAACAGCGAGACGAUCGCGAGAGCAAACUAGCGAAGAUUCUAUUUGUCCUGCCCGUUCUUACCGGAUGUUGCUCUCGAGAAUUGGCUGAAGAAUUAUUCGCGCCAAUUAUCGGCGAUGCAGAUCUGGAAAGAGUCAUCGCGUCUGUGCGAUAAUCUCUCACCACAAUAAAAAUAUUUAAUAAUCGCACAUUAUCUAAUACAACUUAAUGGAUAUUAAUCUGUACGGAAGAUAAUUCGUCAGAAAUAUAUUCAAUUAAUAAUAAGCGUAUUUAAUAAUAUAGAAAUAGAAAAUUAAUAAAAAUAGUACAGUAGAGUGAAUUAGAAAUAAAAAACUGCUUGGCAACAGCUUUUUGUACUUGUUCUCAUAAUUUAACCGAUCUUUCUUUCUGAAAUUUCUACAGAAAUUUAAUAUAAACAGUAUUAAAUCAUACAGUAAUUAAUUAUUUAUUUAAAUUAUUUGUUUAUUUAAAAUUAGAUUUGGCACACAGUUUAAACAAAUGUAUAAAAUUAGAGAAAAGUAUUAACACUAAAAUUUAGUUAUACUGAAUAACAUUUCUUUUUAAUUACUUGUGUUGCAUGUCGGUUUAUAUUUUUCUAUUAUUAUUUCUAUUAUUAAUCAUUUAAUACAAAAA